ACUGGAGCUCCAGACGUGUUAUUAGAGCAGAAUCUCUACAUGGAUAUCAGUCCUUUGUUGAAAGUGUUGUCACUUCAUCCUUUCUAGCCUGGUUGCAGUUGUCCUCCAUCUUGCUUCUGCCCUCCAUUCUUCGGAUGCUGUCCAGCGUCGUCCGCACUGCCCGCCCCCUCCUCCUCCUCCGCCCUGUCACUUCCUCCUCCACCUGCUCGCUAGCGCACCGCCCGCAGAUGGCGCCGGACCCCAGCCGGCCCGUGGAGACGUCCAUCCGCGCCAAGCUGACGGAGGCGCUGGGGCCGGCGCACCUGGAGGUGCUGAACGAGAGCCACAUGCACGCCGUGCCGCCGGGCUCCGAGUCGCACUUCCGCGUGCUGGUGGUCAGCGAGCGCUUCGACGGCCUGUCGCUGCUGCAGCGCCACCGCCUGGUCAACGAGGCGCUGCGCGACGAGCUGAGCAGCCGCGUGCACGCGCUGGCCAUCCAGGCCAAGACGCCCCAGCAGUGGGGCAUCAACCCGGCCCUGGCCAAGAGCCCCGCCUGCAUGGGAGGGUCCAAGCACGACGACACCGUGGCCGACAAACUGAAGGCCGGGAGAGACUGAGACGGCAUUAAGAGCUAAGGACUACACUUGUAAUCAGUAACUGCUACUAUUAAAACCUGUGAUUAAAACCAUAGUAAUCUACAACCCAUACCCAGUAGUGUCCUAAUACUCGCACAUCGGAUGAAGAUGUAAAGCCACAGAGCAGACCUGUGUCAGUUAUGCUGACUGUGUGUUUCUCACUAGUACAUGAAGGCAUUACAUUACAUUACAUUACAUUUCAUUUGGCUGACGCUUUUUAACCAAAGCGACUUACAACAUGGAGUAGGCAACAAGGCAGUAUUAACACUGUGGUUGAUAUGAGAGGCCUUUGUUGUGGUUGUUGCUGUUGAGUGGUUUGAGUUGCAAUUUAGGACAGGCUGUGACCUGUUAAGGAAAUGGAGAUGCACAGGACUUUUGGAGAUGUGUUUCUACUCUGAGAAACUCUGAGAUUUUAUUCUAGAAAGGAUGUAAAAACGAUUAAGUCUGACAAAGCACGAUUGUUGAUAUUUUGCAAGUAGAAACGCAGCCAAAGCAAAUUCUGCUAAAUAAUUUGAAUAAUAAAGAUAAUGAAUCUACAAACUUUGCAGUAGAAUGUGCUCAUAUUCAUUUAUUAUGUGAAA